GCACAAGCACGCACACAGGUAGUUGCUGUAUCUGAGUCAGACAGAGCAGCUGUUCAUUUCUUCGCUGCAGAAACCAACUGGAAACUUAUUUCUUCAACAGGAGCAGAACAUGUCCCGAGCAUUUUCACAUGUUGGAACGGAUUAACUUUUACCUAAAGAUGUUUUUACGCACUUGUAUCGAAGUGUUUUGUUAAGUUUGGCAGAUCGGGAGAAUAACACACUUUCUCCGUCGCCUUUACCCAUUGCACCGCCUUCUCCCCCCCCCCGCAGCCAGCCCUCCAUCAAUGGUAUGAGCGCGGAGGAGCAUGACCGGCUGCGCUCCCUCUUUCGCGCCUACGACGUGGACAACUCGGGCCGCAUCGAGAGGAACGAGUUUCUCACCAUCUGCGCGGAGCUGCAGGUGUCCGCCGCCGAGGCCGACCGCAUCUUCGACAAGCUCGACGUGGACAACGACGGCACCGUCACCCUGCAGGAGUUCAUCAGCGGCUUCCACGAGCGCUACGGGGAAGACAUGGAGUCGGACGAAGGGGACGUGUCCGCCGCCUGGGAGCACUUCGAGGAGCGGCUGGGCGAGCAGGCCAGGUUCAUCCCCAGACAUGAACAGGCAGCGACGUUGUACCAGAACAUCAGCCUGACGGAGCCAAGAAUGAUUCCUCAGUUCGAGACCGUCAUCCUGAACUUCACCAAAGAGAUCAAACAGCAAAACUCUGAGAUGGAGAACCUGGCCCUCGCCAUCAAACGCGCGCAGGACCAGGCUUCGAUGCAGCUCAGUGAGAUGGAGGAGGAGAUGGAGCAACGCAUUCACGCUGCGGAGAGAAAAACACGGGAGCAGGAGAAGAAGCGAGGAGAGAACGAACUGAACGAGUUACGGAGAAAUUUCGAGACUGAAGUGUGUGAGCUGCAGUGUAAGAUCCAGAGGAUGCAGAUGAUCGAAGAUAAGUACAAGAUCAUCACUGUGAAAGACGAGAGUCCAGCUUUGAAGAAAAAGAUCAGUGAGCUGACACUGGAGAACCAGCAUUUAAAGCAGGACCUGAUGAAAUCUCAGACCAAAGUGGCCUGUCUACACAGUGAGAUGGACACGCUGAAGACAGAGUUAACCGAUCAAAGCAUCAACUCUGAGCGAGACGAAGAGCUCAUGAAACAUUUCGCCGAUGAACGCGACGUCCUGGAGAGUCAGAUCGAUAUUCUGCAGACAGCCAACAGGAAGCUCCAUGACAGUAACGAUGGCCUGAGAACAGCUCUGGAGAGGACAUCAAGGUCUGGUAACUGUGCAGAAAUUAAGGAGAGAAGCAGAAGUAAAAGCAUCUGCUACACAUCCCCAUAUGCGUUAAGGGAAAGGUUCGGUCAGCGUAUGGACGAAUACCCUCUGUCCGCGCGGCGGCCCAGCUGUGACACGCUGGCCCUGGCCAUGUGCGACCCAGGCCUGAAGCGCAGGGACAGCAGUGAGUGCGAGGAGGACAGCCUGCCCGAGGUCUACACGGACAGCGGCCUGUCGACGCUCAGAGGCUCGCACGGAGGCUACGACUCUGAGCAGGAGGUCAAGGGUCAAGAGGAGGAGGAGGAGGAGAGAGAGGAGAAGAAGGUGGAGGACGACAACAAUGACAGCAUGAUGGGAGAAACGUCUGACGCUGAGCCUGCAGACACACAAGACAGUGAAUCAGCAAUCGGGUCGGACAGCAGCUCAGUGUUGGACUGGAAGCUGCCUGAACCCGUUGGUGAGACUUUUACCCCGGCACCGACAACAAGGAAAGCCCUCAGCGCCAUCAGUGUUCAGAAGGACCUGGGCAGCAUUGACCAGGGCUACAGGACCUCAGAGAAAGCCUUCAGGAUCGUGUUGGCCGGAGAUGCGGCCGUGGGAAAGUCCAGCUUCCUGCUGCGACUCUGCAAGAACGAAUUCAAACUUAACUCCAGCACAACUCUGGGAGUGGAUUUUCAGAUCAAGACACUAGUUGUAGAUGGAGAGCCUGUUUUACUACAACUAUGGGACACUGCAGGACAGGAAAGGUUUCGCAGUAUUGCAAAGUCUUAUUUCCGGCGGGCGGACGGCGUAUUGCUGCUGUACGACAUCACCUGUGAAAAGAGCUUCCUGAAUGUGAGAGAGUGGGUGGACAUGAUCGAGCAGGACGUGAGUCUGGAGGACAUUCCCAUCAUGCUCGUGGGUAAUAAGUGUGAUCUCAGAGAAUUGGAAGUUAACUGUGUUCCUACCAGCUAUGGAGAAAAACUGGCCAUGACAUACAACACCCUGUUUUGUGAAACUAGCGCCAAAGAGGGCUCCAACAUCCUGGAGGCCGUUCUGCAUCUGGCCAGGCAGGUAAAAGAACAGUCGACCUUAAAUCGAAAGAGUCACUAUCAGUCGCUCCCCAGCCUGGACGCUCCCCGUAAGAAACCAAACUUCUCCUGUUGCACCUGAUCAGACUCAUUUCUGGACCUGCACGUCUGACUUAAUGUGAACUCGAGAAGGAAAACAAAUGCAGAAACCUGACAAAGCCGAAAUGAGACGUGAUCUCUGCAACAGGAACAAAUCAUCACCCUCAGUAACCACAACUACUUUAUGUUAUAAUGGAUCAAGUGAGCAAAGUGGAUCACAGCAGAAUAUCCACAACUUCACAUUCAUUUUAGAUGUUUGUUUUCGUUAUUCAGGGUUAUGUAAAAGAAGUUUUGUUUCGGGCACAGCAUGAAUUCCUAACUGUUCAAUAUUUUACCAUGUAAUGUUUGUUCUUUAUUAUGCUAUCACACUGAUUUGCACAAUUUCGUUCCUCCUGUGUGAUAUAUGGUUUGUACAAUCAGCUCUGCCUGGUUCUGGCACGUUGUGAAAAGAAUGUGUAGAUCAUGAGAAGAGAAAGACGGCUGUGUAAGUGAAAUCCUGUGUCCCUCCUGUGGCUGCGAGGGAUUUCCUGUGGGGGCACUGGUUUCCCUCCUACAGGGUGAAGACAUGUAGGUUAGAUGAACUUGCGACUCUAAAACGAAAGUGAAUGUUGGAUGUUUGGCCCUGUGAUGGACUGGUGCCUGGUCCGGGUGGAGCUGCCUCCAUCAUCUUGUGCUGGUUUGAAGUGUCAUCUACAAAAUGUUGUUUGCCUCAAAUGAAACUGAUGUUUGUAGUUGGCACCUCCCAGAUAUUACUGCAAGUGAACUGUAUUGACUGUCGACAUGGAGACACAGAGAAGUGUGUAAGGACCUUAAAGCAACACUAUGCCACUUUACAAUAGCAUCUUUAAAACCUGUCACAAUGACAAAUUUGUAACAAGGAGAAUGGUGCCACCCUCUUCGGUGAGCAGGUACGAUCUCCUGCGUGAAGUGUGUAACAGCUAAUGCCGAAUUGUAGAUGAGUUAAAAAGACUUGGAGAACUAUGAAGAACCAGCGUUUAUUUCAAGUAUUCAGAGAAAAAACUUAAAAUACUGAGAAUUCUAAACAGAGUUUUGCGUAUUUGCUACAGCAGCUGCUUCUCUGACUCAGGAACCUGGGGAUAAUGAGAAAUUUCCAACAUUCAGUUGUAUUUCAGUUUAAUUCAAUCACAUCAAGUUUUAUCUCUACAGCCUAUAUUAACAAAUCAAAAUUAGCCUCAUAGGGUUUGAUAAAAAGGUGUGACGCCCUCUGCCCUGAACCCUCGACUAGAGUGAGGAAUAACUACCAAAAAAACAAAGACACCCCAGGGGGAGUCACAUGUGAGGGAUCCCUCUCCCGGGACGGACAGAAGUGCAAUAGAUGUCAUAUGUCAUGUCAAUAUUUACAAUUUUCUUGAGAAAUGACAGUGUCUAACAUAGAUAGAAAUGUGUAUCAAUGUUUAAAGCUUUUAUGCAGAAAGAAAAAUGUCUGAAAGGUAAAAACAUCCAUUGAACAGGCCUUUUUAAUGUGACUUCAUCUUCAUCAUCACCAUCAUGUGUGGCUGCAGAGGGCGCUAUUGCUCAGUAAAAGUUACAUGGUGUUGCUUGAAUUAAAUAAAUGCUCUAUACUGUAUAAGAUGCAGUGUGUGGUCGUAUGAGGCUUCAUGCUAAUGUUCUGACACAUCCUUUUUAUUAUAUUACCCACAGUGUUAUAUUUCCUUUCAUUUGACCUCCUGCUGAGGAUGAUGCUGUGUUACAGAUUUUAUAUUUUUGAAGCUGAACAUAUCGCACAUCAUUCUCACUUUGCAUGAAUGCUAAAAAUAACUGCUGUCAUUUGAUCAUUUAACCAUCUGGUAUAAAUUAUAAUUAAAUAGGUAUGUGUAAAUGAAAGGUGGCAGACUCUGAUCCACUAGAUGUCUGUUAUUCUGUUUAAAUGAGUGCACAUGAACUUAGUAAACUACUGAUGUGAUUGAGUCUGUCUUGUUAUUUGUCCUGGAUAAUAAAAAUAAUGCCGCAUUAUCAAUGAAA